GGGGGGGGAAGAAGCAUCGCGCACAGUUGCGCACAGAUCGAGGAGAGAGACGUGUAGCUGCCGAGGCGCAGACGCGGCUGCAUGCCGAGAGGAUGCAGUGAAUAAAGGAAUCUCAUUUGCGCUGCAUUGUGUCGUUCGGGGCGGCUUAGCGAAAUAACGUCGAAAAUGAGCGUGAUCCAGGCCGCGCACGACGGCGGCGGCUCCAGGGUGGAGGGCGGCAAAGGCAGCGCGGCCGACAGCGGCGGCGGCGGCUCCCCGCGGCUCCAGCAGUGCGCGCAGCCUCCCAGCGGCCGGAGCAGGGAUGCCAGGUACCAGCUGCAGCAGCAUCAGAGGCAUCACGGUGCGUCGAUGCUCAAGCAGCCGUCCUGCAACGAGCCCGCCGACGUGGUCAGGCGCGCGCUGGACUUUAAGAGCCAAGGCACCCAGUGCUACAAGGACAAGAAGUACCGAGAGGCGAUCGGUAAGUACCACCGCGCGCUGCUGGAGAUCAAGGGCCUGUGCAGGGUGCUAGGGGACCCGGACACCAGCUCCAAGUCCCCGUCAUCCCUCCUUCCGACCAUCAGCAAGUCCACCACGCUGACAGACGAGCAGAAGGGGGCCAUGGAGAACGCAGAGCUGGAGUGCUACAACAGCCUGGCUGCCUGUCUUUUGCAAAUGGAGCUGGUGAACUAUGAACGAGUGAAAGAGUACUGUCUGAAAGUGCUCCAUAAGGAAGGAAAGAACUUCAAGGCCCUGUAUCGAUCUGGGGUGGCUUACUACCAUCUAGGAGACUUCCAGAAGGCCCUGUACUACCUGAAGGAGUCACAUAAACAGGAGCCAUCAGACACCAAUGUCAUUCGCUACAUCCAGCUGACAGAGAUGAAGAUUCGCCGGAAUGCCCAACGGGAAAAGAAAGAGGCGACAUAACCGCGUAUUAUCUGAUGGCAUUGAUCUCAGCCCUACUGUGUGCCAGACAUUACACGCCAUGGGACAGCGUUCUUAGUUUAUGUUAGCUUUUGCCUUACACAGCAUCCAGUUUCCAGUUAUGUGAAUUAACUUGACCAUUGUCUCCUCAAAGCCUUUAAAAAAGUACCAGAUACUCAGUUUCUGUCUCUACACUGCCCACAGUAUCUAUGAGUAAAUCCCGACUAUUUAAACCACACACCGAUGCACUGCCAGUCAAAACAUUGCACAUACAGGCCAACACUUGUGAACGAGAACACAGAGUGAAUCCAACGGCGGCACAUUAGCACCUGCCUUCGCACAAGAUGAUGUCUGAAAAGCAUGCAGGAAAUGACUGACACCUACCUACAUUUCUGUGACUGUACUUUUAUUUUGAAAGUAUUACAAAAUGAUAAAAAAAAAAGUUUUAUACUUCAUGAUAUCAGACAAAAGGUGCUCUCACUAAGUCGGUUUCCAACACUCUGUGGGCGUGACGUUACGAGCACGUGGUUGCAAACUGCAGUAAGAGAUAGUACAAAAUGUAAAUAGGCUGCUUUAUAGAAAUCAGCAGAAAAUAUAACAGAGUGGAAAAGGUAUCUGUGUGGUUUACUGCUGCAAAAAUCACAGCACUUAUUGUAUCCACAUAAAUACUGUAUCAAGUUUACAAAUGAAGUAUGCGUGUAU